UUCAAAUUGGAUAUCUCAGCAUCGAUUAAUAAUAAAAUCACUCAAAUCGCAAAAACUGUAUGAAUUGUCAAAGCAUAGUUUUUACGCUACGAAAAACAUUAUUACACAUAUUUGAGAGCAUCUUUCUUCUGUUAUAAACAUUUGUUGAGUAUUUUUUAAAUCAAAAUCCAAAAGAAACAUAUUUAUAACUUGAGUGAAAAAGCUAUCGGGAACAAACAAAAAACUUAAAAUAGGGAAAUCGUAAUAGACCAGCAAUGUCAGCGACUGCAGCCCAGCCACCUUCCAGACAGGGGGGCUCGGAUCAAAACCAGGGGGGAGGGGAGGCGGAGGGGGAGGGUGCGAACAGGAGAGGCAAAGCUAUCACCACAUGUGUGAAUUGUGGAAAGGAUUCGCAUGACCUGCAUCUGUGUGUACAUUGUUCACAGUCACAGUGCUUCAAUUGCAGAAAAAAGCACGUAGAUGUCAUUCUGGACGAUUAUACGCAGAACAGGAAGGAGAGUAGGAAGAUCAAAGACGAGUGUGAGAAGAUUAUAAAAGAGCUGGACAAGUCGGGGAUCGAACUCUCCAACUCCUACUCUAGAGCAGAAGUCCAGAUAAAGGAGGCAUUUGACGAGCUCUCCGAGUCAAUCAAACAGAGGAAGUUGGCUCUCAUUCAUGAGUUGAGGGAAAAGAAAGACGAGGAGAUGGCGAGACUGAAGAAGGAGCAGAAGGAAUUGGAGGCGGAUGUGGGGGUCACAGCCAGAAAACUGGAACUGAACUGCGGCACUACGGCUAAGAAUAUUCAAAGUGAGAUGGGCGUGAAAUAUAAACUACUAGACGACUCCAAAUUUGCCCACUUGUGUUCACUGGAGUUCAAGUCACGAGAGUGUCUGAACGACUUCGGAAACACAGCCGACUACUGUCAGACGAAGGAAAAGGCCGAGAAGGUAUAUUUCGACCAGGAGCAGUUGCCAAACCUAGUACAGCAGAUCAACCAGUUCGGAGAAAUAAACCUGGGUGAUAAGAGGUCAAAUGAAGAAGAGAACAAUGGCAUGAAUAACGGUUAGCAACAGAGAGAGAACAGUCCAAUACUGGAAAGCAAAAUACUCACAGAUGAAACUAUCAUUUUUGAUAUAUUGCUAAUUUAAAAUUUAUGAUUUUGGCA